AUGUGCACCCAAGCAAUAACCCAAUCCCUCUGCUCCCACUGCAAGGAGCUUCUCCUGGAAAUAACCACCGAAGAGCGCUGCACCAAAGUCAUCCAAGCGCAAGCCUACACCUUCUCGUGCGGCACCAAGAGGACGAGCAGAGCCAAAGAGUACCCGAGGAAAUGUGCGAACUGUGUGAAGAGGGAGCAAUCGGGGAAGGGGAUGGAGAGAUCUGCAUCGACGUACCUGUUGAGCCCUAUCGUCGCUGGUCGUGGUAUCCGCUGCCACUCUUGCCCGUCUCUUUGGCAGCUGGGAGGACGGAGUCGAUAA